CCCUUACAAACGAGGCCUUUAUCAACGGAACACCAAUGUCUGAGGUCAUAAUAUGACCACGCUUUCAAAACUCUUACGGUUUUAAAUAUUUUGUAAAAUUACAAAAUUGUUUUUAAAUUUUAUCCCAAUGUUUCCGUCGGAGGGCACCGAGUCACCGACUAUUAGGAUUUAGGAACAAAGGAAGAAGAAGACAUGGCGAAGCAGCUUUGCCGUCAGUUCACGUCAAUGAUCGCCCAGUCUAAACCCGGCUCAGGCAUAUCGGAGUGUUCACCAGGCAGGCUCAUCUGUUCAUCAGCUAAAAGAUUUCAGUUCCACGAAGAGAAUCGUCCAGAUCUCGCCGAGACCAACUCCGAGGAGAAGGAGAAGCUUCAAAACGAAAACGCCGAUCGAGAAUCCGAAAACGGAGAGGGCGGCGGAGAAGGCGGCGGCGCUUCCUUCAAUAAAAAAGCCAGAGAAAUCGGCGGCCCGAAAGGUCCAGAGCCGACGCGCUAUGGAGAUUGGGAGAAAGGCGGUCGCUGCUCGGAUUUCUGAAAAUAAAAGCUUCAAGGAGGUAUCUUCUACAUCUCUUCUUCCAUAAACCGCCGUGUCAGCUGUCAAAGGUUAGGGCAUCCGCUGUUGGUUGUAAUUUUGAACAAUUAAAGCAAUUGGAAUGAUUGAAUUCCUUUCUCUGUUUCAAUUUGAAGAACUUUUGCAUUAAUAUAAAUCCAGAAAGGUU